AUGAGAUUCACUAGUAUUUUCUCAACAGCUUUCGUUGCUGGUGCAGCAAUUGCGUUUUCGCAUGAUGCGCAGCAUCGUCUUAGUGAGAAGAUUAAUGUUGCUGGCACCGCAGACGCGAAUCCGAAAUGCCAUCUUCCUGCUGCGUUGAAUCCCUCCGAGGAUGGGCUUGAGAGUUCGCAUGAUUUAUUCUCCAGCAAGAAAGCACUACAAGUGAUGGUCAAGAAACAUCAAUCGCUCGUCCGCAUCCCUUCAAUCUGCUAUGACGACAUGGGAGAUUUGGAUACAGAUGAUAGAUGGAAGCCCUUUAACGACAUUCCAAAGAUGCUCAAGAAGGCCUAUCCAACGGUACAUAAACACAUCACCCCAGAAAAAGUCAACAAAUUCGGCCUCGUCUACACCCUCAAAGGCUCCGACCCAUCCCUCCAGCCAAUCCUCCUAGCAGGCCAUCAAGACGUCGUCCCCGUAGCCGACGGAACACUCCACGAAUGGGUCCACCCGCCCUUUGACGCCUUCUACAACGAAACAGACGGCUAUCUCUGGGGCCGCGGCGCCUCAGACGAUAAAUCAGCCAUCACAGCUCAAAUGUCCGCCCUAGAAGCACUCUUAUCCCAAAAGACUUAUAAGCCCCGACGUACAGUCAUUCUAGCUUUUGGUUUCGAUGAAGAAUGCUCUGGUCAUCGUGGCGCAGGCCAUAUCUCGAAACAUUUAGAGGCCAGAUAUGGAGAGCAUGGCAUUGCUGCUAUUCUUGACGAAGGCGGUGCUGGACUGCAGAAGAUGGGCGAUGUUUUAUACGCGCUUCCUGCUGUUUACGAAAAGGGUUAUCUGGAUGUUUGGUUCAACGUCAGUGUCGUCGGUGGGCAUAGUUCAGUGCCAACACCGCAUACGGCGAUUGGCAUAAUGGCUGAGAUCGUUACUACCCUGGAACACAACCCCUUCAAGCCCGAGAUCGCCAAGAACGGAGCUAUUCAUCAAUGCUUGGCUUGCUUCGCCGAGCAUUCGCCCCAUGUCUUUCCCGAUCUCACUAAGCUCGUCAACGGCGGAGAUCUCCCAGGCGUUGCGAAGUUCUUGACCAAGCUGUCGCGCGAUAUGCAGUACAUGGUUCAGACAUCGCAGGCAAUUGAUGUUAUUUCUGGCGGUCAAAAGAUCAAUGCGCUGCCCGAGUUUGUGACGCUUGGUGUUAACCAUCGGUAUGCGCCGCAGGAUAGUAUUGGAAGCAUUCAGCAUCGAAUCGUGGGUCUGAUCAAGGAUAUUGCCGAGAGUCACAACCUUCGAGUUGAAGCUUUUGAGGAUGAUGCAGACUAUGAUGAGUAUCUUGCUGCUAAUAACCUCUCUCGCCAAUGCAACAAGGACGAAGAUCUCUGGCAGCAGAAACACAAGGGGACUUUGACAAUCGCAGCGAAGAAAAAGUCCUACAUCACGCCUCAAUCGCCAACAACCGGUCCAGUCUGGGAUAUCUUUGCAGGCACUGUUCGUCACUCAUUCGCCCAAGAGGCAAAGACUGUAGUCGCAGCACCAGGAGCCAUGACAGGCAACACCGAUACUCGCCAUUAUCUCAAUCUCUCCAAAAACAUCUACAGGUGGAGCCCCGGCAGCCUAAAGUCCUUCUCCAACAUCCACGGCGUCAAUGAACGGCUUUUGAUGAGCGAGCAGAUGAACAUGGCCAAGUUUUACUAUGAUUUCAUCCGUAAUUUCGAUAAGGCCAAUGUCUAG